UCAAAAUAGGUUAAUUAAUUUAACUACGCGUACACAGCUUUUAUUAUUGUGUUCCUGAUAUCGGCAAAUCAGUGCGUAGUUAAUAACAUCGCGUCAUGUCAUUUGAUGUGCGCGCAAAUGCCCGCGUGAUCUGCAACCAAACGUUUUUGUAAUGAGCUGCAAAUGACAAACAAAUUGGUCUCGCGUGGCGCGCUCCAUUACGAACGAGCUCCCUGUGCGGACGUCACCGCGUGUGCAACAGCACUUUUCCAAAUAAUGGCAUUUCAUUCGUUUUUUGCUCUGCCACUCGUCGCGGGUCGUUAUUGCAACUAUUACUUCCCAAAUUGAUACGGAAACACACGAGUGCAACCCUAAGCAAUGAGGAAUUCGCUGCUGCUCUAUAAUCUAAUCUAAUCGCGAGAGCAUGCAAGCGCACGGAUUUGUUCGACACGAGAGAGCCUCAGUUUCAAUCCAAGCGCGAUUCUUUUCAACAACCAUGCCGAGCGAUGAUAUGGGGCUGCACGUGCAGUUUGCACCACUCAACACGCCGUUUGACCGGCGGAUGCAAACACUGGCGGCGGCCGGCUGGAUCGUGACUUUUGUCUUUGGGGGCUUCUUCUUCAGCUUGAUCCUCAUCUACAUGAUGCUUUUCACCAGGCUCUGGUGGCUCGUUUUCCUUUAUGUGCUCUGGAUUCUUCUUGAUAAAAACACGUCGCAACGCGGUGGUCGUAGGAUAGAGUGGGUGCGUCAGUGGACGUGGUGGCGCUUCUACAGGGCCUACUUCCCACUUGUGCUGGAGAAGACGGAAGAUCUGCCAAGCGACAGGAACUACCUGUUCGCGUCCUACCCGCACGGCGUAUUGUGCUCAGGUCUGUUCGGCAACUUUGUCACGAAGUCGCCCGAGUUCGAGAAACUUUUCCCCGGCCUCACACCGACGGUGCACACCCUGGAGGGAAAUUUCUCGCACCCCGUCAUCCGAGACUUGAUUCUGUGGCUCGGUCUGCAGUCGGCCUCGCGUGAUGCUAUUUUGCGCAACUUGUGCAGCGAGCAAAAAGGUCAAGUGUCGGUGCUGGCGGUCGGCGGAGCUGCCGAAGCUUUAAAGUCAAAGCCGGGCAUUUACAAUAUCAUUCUGAAACCGAGAAAAGGCUUCAUCAAGUGCGCUCUCAUGGCAGGAGCAACCAUCGUUCCCGUCUUUUCCUUCGGAGAGACAGAUCUUUACGACCAGAUGGACAAUCCAGAGGGCUCUCUGCUGCGCCGGACGCAGGAGCGGCUGAGGAAGAUCAUCGGCAUCGCUCCUGUUGUUUUCCUUGGCCGUGGAAUUUUCCAGUACUCGUUUGGGCUCGUGCCGCAGCGCAGGAAAGUCACCACAGUUGUUGGAAAACCUAUCGAGACCCAGAAGGUGAUAAAUCCGAGCGCUGAGGAGGUGGAAGAGGUCCACAUCAAGUUCACAGAAGCGCUGAUUGAGCUCUUUGAGGCGCAUAAACAUAGACUGUUGACAAAUCCCAACGUAAAUCUUAUGAUAGACUGAUUUCUCUAAGAAAAAAACUUGAAGGCUGCAGGGCACAAUCUUUUAUUAAGUAUUUUAGAAUUAAUUGAUAAGCAAUCAAAGGUGCAAUUAUUCUAGUUGAAAAUGAAAAUGCCUAUUCCCAAACUGUGUUCAUAAUUUUUGCUCAAUGACGAUCAAAGCAAUGGAGAAAAAUGCUUAAGAAAGACGCCAAAUAAUAGACAUUGAGUGUAUUAUUAAAUUUAGCUCUGUACUCCUAAGUGUUCUACCAAUAAAGGUGAUUGAAAUCAAA